AUGAAUACAGGGGCGCAGAGCAACGCUUGUUUCAUCUGCAAAAUAUCAAACAAGCGAACUUAUUCUUGCAUUCAAUGCAAUAACCUCUCAUUCUGCAAUGACUGUUGGUCUCAAUGGGUUCUGCACUUACCCGGCACCGUGGGCUACGACAAUAGGCCACACGAAAAGGCGAUCGCGCAAGUCGUCCAACGGCUCCGCCAAAUCCUUGAACCCUCUAGAAACGAGAUUGAACACGAGCAAGAGCUUCUAAGCGAUGACGACACAACUUGGUUCGGAGUCGGCAGAGACUCUGCCGGCCGACCUGUUUUCCAAGACCAUGGCCGUUUUGCGAAUCUGAUGAGUGAGAGUCAGACACAAGACCCCGGUAACCGAUAUCCCCAGCUCGUCUCGUUUAUCGGACAGACAGGUGCUGGAAAGAGUACACUGAUCAAGAUGCUAAUCGACCGUCUUGACAUGAGACUUAAUGAUCAGAGAACUCCAUUUCCUUCCCCUGUCACGUCGUCUAAUAAUGACCGAGUCCCGACUACAGGUGAUGUUCAUUUGUACGCCGACCCAAUUUCCUAUUACACUAAAGCGCCCGUGCUGUAUGCCGAUUGCGAAGGCCUCGAUGGUGGAGAAGCAAUACCAAGGGGACUCAGACAUCGAGCCAAGGAGAAUCCGGAUCAAGGACCUGAAACAACUGUCGGCAGCGGAAAUCCUCGAAUACCACGACCGCAAUAUCAGUCCUCCUCUACUAACCGUAGCCGUACCCAAUCUGCCAAUACCAGUUCUAUGCAUAUCGUGACAAAAAAUAAAUUGCAGAAGAACCGACAUAGUUCUCAAAGAGAGAUAGUUUGGGCAGUAACUCCCGAAACUAAGAAACGAGAAUAUGCCGUGGCCCAGUUAUACCCUCGUUUACUGUACACAUUUUCUGAUGUUGUCGUGUUCGUGCUUAAGAAUCCAAGAGCAUUUGAGUCGACAGUGUUGGAAAAACUCCUGCAGUGGGGAUCAUCGUCGAUCGAUAAGUCCCUAAACCAACCUGCCCUUCCGCACGCUGUCAUCGUCCUGAAUGCGACAGAUAAAGCCGAUGAGAAGGAAUGGGACACAGGGACCGCUACUAACCUAUUUCUAAACGAAAUUAAGGGCGCCGUCUUCCGCGAACCCCGUUUCUCUCAGCAUGUACGUGUGUGGCAGGCCACCGGUCGAAAGGUUGAAUCUACACGCGACCUUCUGGAAUGCUACUAUGCCUCGGUCACCGUAGUUAGGGUCCCAUCACACGGUAGGUACAUGUUGAUGGAUGAACAGGCAGAAAAGCUUUUUGGCGUCAUAAAGGGGAAAUGCCAAGAGUCCCUUUUCACAAAGAAAAGAGUUCGCAUGUUGGCAACAGAAGAGAAACUCCAAAAAUACCUGCAAGCCGCUUAUGACCACUUCUCUGGAGAUCUUAACACACCAUUUGAUUUCGUUAAAGAGGCCUUGAAGCACAAUCCUAUCCCGCAGGAUUUUGGCGGAAAUAUCCUGAAUCUUGCUGUCGCAAUCAAGCAAAAUUGUAGCUUCCUCCAGAGGAACGCGGAAAAGAUAUUCGACAAGAUGGUUCCCAUGAUAUCAUCCUGUAUCAUGCUCGAUGCUGUGCGGCAGAACUUGUUGGGAACCACGACACGGCUUCUCAAUGAUGCUUAUGUUGAAUUUUGCCAGCUUGCCCUCAAGGAAUUCGCAGACCUCUACAGUCCUUGUACUUUCAGACACCACAAGUACGGGCAAUGUUGCAAUGUCAGAGUAGGACAUAACCCUAAAGGCCAUCAGAAUGAGAGUGGCAAGAUCUUCGGCUUUGGAGGCUACCAGUCGAGUUUCGACUACCAUGAAUAUGAACCGAAGUGGAUUGAACGAAUUUCAGUCAAACUCGAAGAACUACAAAAGUCCUUCGAACGGAGUAAUAAGUUUUCGGAGUACUCUGAGUACCAUAUCGCAGCGGAGGUUCAUAAAAAGUCGAUCAACGAGUUCUACCGUUCUCUGGGCAACGCCGAUAAGUUUAAAAGCCACACUGCAUGCUUUUCUUGUCUUCGCGAACUUCCCGAACAUGCUUUGCCUUGCGGUCACGUCCUAUGUCUCCCAUGCAUCGAGGCGUACGGGGCGAAAGUGUCGAAAACCACGAUAGAACUGCGGAGCUGUCCGUUGCAUGCGCAGGACACAACUUGGGAGGCACCGCGGUCCGUUCUGGUCAAACCCGCAUUCGCUGGUACGCGAAUACUCUGUCUAGAUGGAGGUGGCAUACGUGGUAUUGUCGAGCUACAAACCUUGAAAGCCAUCGAAAAGAUCCUGGGACCGAAACUACCCAUCCGAUUAUUUUUCGACCUAAUUGUAGGCACAAGCACCGGUGGUAUAAUUGCUCUAGGAUUAGGCGUGAACAACUGGACAGUGGACGGUUGCAUUCGCAAUUUCAAAGAACUAUGCGUUCAAGCCUUCAAACCGCGAGACUUGAUCGCGAUACCAUUUCUCAAGAAUCUGACUGCUCUAAGCCACAGAAGCAUAUUUAAAACAAGACCGUUCGAGGAAUUACUUCGGAGGGCCUUCACAGAGGAACCUCUGUUUGGAGGUGCCAACGAUCUAAGCGAAAUAGCCACAAAGGUCGCUAUUACAACAACUAGCGAGAUGAAACAGCAUGCAGUAGUUCUCGCCAACUACAAUCGACAGGGAACAACUGAAUAUUGUCUCCCUUACAGAUUUGAUAGAUGUACCGAACCGGAGAAGGAGUUUAAGAUGUGGGAGGCAGCUCGUGCCACAUCUGCUGCUCCUCCCUUCUUCAAGACCUUCCAGAAACAGGAAACUCGGAACAACUAUCUCGAUGGCGCUCUCUACCACAACAACCCGGUGUGGGUUGCGCAUCACGAGAGGAAACUAAUUUGGCCGGACGUUUGCAAGUCUCCUCCAGACAUCCUCCUCUCGAUCGGCACAGGAAAGAAUGGAUUAGAAAUUGAUGAACACCACCUGCGUUCGCCCCAGACGUGGCCUUCAUCUCAUGCAAAACCGAAGCCCCGCAAGAGGACUUCGCUCCAUUCGGUACUAACCAUAGCUGCACGUCGGUUUGACAAUUUGCUUGAAUGCAAUAAAAUCUGGGACGACUACAUCGCAAAAACUUCAACCUCGGACUAUAGCAAGAUCUCUAGCAUGAAUAAAAUGAGGUUAAUCCGUCUCAAUCCAGACCUGUGUUUCGAAGUUCCGCGGCUAGAUGCUGUCGGGCAGCUCGAGCGUAUUGAAAAAGCCGCGAUCGAAGAUCUUCAUAAAAACAAGGCGAAGGUUACAGAGGUCGCUCACAGGCUCAUUGUCAGCACAUUCUUUUUCGAGAAAGAUCCAAACUCAGUGAAAGCUACGGAGCACGGUUAUGAAUGCAUUGGACGAAUUCACUGUCGGUUCGCCAAUUCCUCAGCCGAGAUGAAGGCUUUGGGAGGCUUCUUAAGAGACUGUCUCCAAGAACACUUCGAGCCAUUCUUCGUGGUAGAGGAAGAUUCUAGUGACCUAGGAAAAGUCAAGCACACCAUCGAUCAGAAGAAGAUUGAAGACAUGUACCUUCGAGGUCGGUUCGACAUGCCAAAUACUGUGAUAUACAUGUCUAAAGAAGUCGCCGUUACGACUAUCUCUCUGUCUCUACAAUCCGGAAACUAUCCCCACACGGCGAACUCUUACCUUCCCAUCAGUGGCUUUCCACGAGAGCUUGUAAUAGAAGGCACUAAAGAAACCGUUUCCAAACCCCGUCCAAGGCUCUUUCAACCCCGCCACAGCGAUGAAGACGGGAGCGCAGUGCCUCAUCGAUCCCACAGCUUCAAGUCCCCAAGCCAUCUGCGGCAUUUUUCUUCCCGAAAAAACCUACGGAAAGUGUUCUCUGACAGUGGCAUCCCGACAGACGAGACGGAAAAGCCGCCAUCAUCACCGUCACUGGAAGUGCCAUAUGCACCUGAUGAUGUCCGCAGGUGGGUGCAUGAUCGCGCCAAUUCCCCGGGGGAAUUUGUCAAUGAGUUGGAAGCAUAG